CAAAGAUUCUAAAGGGACAAAAAGUGCGUGCAGUCGCAUUCACUAUUCACAACAAAAAGAAGAAAUAGACCAAGACCAAGACUUCAAAGCGAUAAAAAGUGUGUGUAGUCGCAUUCACUAAUCACAACAAAAAGAACAAAUAGACCAAGACCAAGACUUCAAAGGGAUAAAAAGUGGGAUUAAAGUAAAAAGAAGAAAUAGACCAAGACUUCAAGCCAAAUCUGCAGCGACGAAAACUAAUUUUAAAGCCACCACACCAAUCCCUCAGUUCUUCAUCAAACACUUUCCUUACUCCGCUAGCAAAAAUGAAAACUUUACGAUCAUUUGUCCUCCUAUUCUUCUUCACUAUCUGUCAUAAUGUCACAACUGGAGUCUACAACCAGUGUCUCAAAGACCAGCAACUGUCAUUGCUCCGUUUGAAGCAAAACCUCACGUUUUCUAGUUCUCUGGUUUCUUCCAAGUUUGUAUCGUGGGAUUCAAGUACAGACUGUUGUUCUUGGGUCGGUGUUACUUGCAGUACCAACGGGCAUGUUGUUGGUCUUGACAUUAGCAGCCAACACAUCUUGGGUGCCAUUGACAGCUCCAGCAGUCUCUUUGAUCUUCAGCAUCUUCAAAGCCUCAACUUGGCCAAUAACUCUUUUGUCGAAGGCUCUCGCAUUCCAUCUGCAAUUGGAAAGCUGACAAACUUGAGGUAUCUAAAUUUAUCAAAUAAUGAUUAUUUCGGAAAAAUUCCCUUUGAGAUUUCAAGCUUGACAAGGUUGGAGGUCCUUGAUAUUUCUCAAAGUUACAAUAACGGGGGCCGCAAGCCACUUGAAAGCCCGAAGUUCAGCAUGCUCUUUCAAAACCUCACAGAACUUACAGAGCUUCAUCUUGACGGUGUAGACGUAUCAGCAGAGGAGACUCACUGGUGCCAAGCGAUAACAUCUUUGCUGCCAAACUUAAAGGUGUUGAGCUUGUCUAAUACUAAUCUUUCUGGUCCUAUUGAUCAAUCCCUUGCCAAGCUUCAGGCUCUAUCCGUGAUUCAAUUGGGUGGUUUUCACAACAACAUCUCCGGUCCGAUUCCAGAAUUCUUUUCCAACUUUUCAAACCUGACGGUGUUGAACUUGGACAGAAACAAUAUCUCUGCUCCGGUUCCAGGAUUCUUUGCCAAUUUUUCAAAGUUGACUACCUUGAGUCUAGCAGGUUGUGGUUUACGUGGAACAUUUCCGAAGCAGAUCUUUCAGGUACCUACACUAAAAACUAUUGACCUUUCCUGUAAUACGGAACUUCAUGGUUCCUUGCCAGAAUUUCCCAAGAAUGGAUCUCUUCGAUCCUUGAUUUUAAGCCAGACAAGCUUUUCGGGGUUAUUGCAUGACUCUAUUGGCAACCUCAACAUGUUGUCCACACUAGACCUUUCCAAAAGCAAUUUCACUGGAUCAAUCCCAAAGUCAAUCGGGAACCUAACUAAAUUGGUUGAUUUGAAGCUGUCAUCAAACAUGUUUAAUGGUUCAAUUAGUUCUAUUCACUGGGAAAACCUUAUUAAUCUCGUAGAUCUCCGUUUGUACGACAAUCAACUGGUGGGGAGCAUUCCGUCGUCUCUGUUUUCUCUUCCCUUGUUGCCGAAAUUAGUACUUUCCUAUAAUAAUUUCUCUGGGCAACUCCCUGAAAUUUUUAAUGUCUCUUCUUAUUUAGUUACUUUCAUUGAUUUGAGUUUCAACUAUUUGGAAGGACCGGUACCCGUGUCUAUCUUUAAUUUUCGAGGGCUUCAAACCCUCAACCUUUCUUCAAACAAUUUCAGUGCCUUUCCUUUUAAUGGUCCUCAUCAGCUGCCAUAUCUGAAGGAGAUUCAUCUUUCGCACAAUAGCUUGCUGGUUUUAUACAAUGGCAGCAAUUCCUCAUACUCUUCAUUUCCUCAAAUUACUGAUUUCAAUUUAGUUUCUAACAAGUUGAGAACAUUCCCAGUUUUCUUGAGAAAUCAAACCUAUUUAAGAAAUUUGGACCUUUCGGAAAACCAAAUUCAAGGCCAGCUACCCAAUUGGAUAUGGAAUCUCGAUUUUCUUGAUUACCUAGAUGUUUCUUAUAAUGCCUUGGAAAGUCUUGAAGGUCCUUUCAUCAACUCCACAUCUCCUGUGUCUACACUUGACCUUCAUUCAAACCAGCUUAAGGGGCCAAUUUCAUUUGUCCCACCAAAUAUCAGUUGUCUGGAUUACUCAGACAAUCAUUUCAGUUCUAGUAUUCCAUUAUCAAUAUGCAAUGCAAGUGGUCUUAUCGUUCUUGAUUUGUCCAAUAAUUCUCUGAGUGGUGAGAUUCCCCAAUGCUUGGCUACAAUGGGAGGACUCAUGAUACUUAAUGUCAGGAAAAACAACAUUACCGGAACUAUUUCUAAUCUUGAAUUUCCUGAAAAUUGUGAGUCAUUAAAAGCUCUAGACCUCAGCCAAAAUCAGAUUGAGGGUCAAUUUCCAAAGUCUCUAGCCAGGUGCAGAAGUUUAAUAUUUUUAAACCUUGCAGAGAAUCAAAUAACAGACACCUUCCCAUGCUUGUUGAAGAACAUCUCCACCUUGAUCGUUCUUGCCUUGCGGUCCAACAAUUUCUAUGGAGGCAUUGGAUGUCCAGUAGUGCAGACCAAUGCCACCUGGCCGGUUCUUCAAAUCGUAGACUUAGCUUACAACAAUUUCAAUGGUGAAGUACCAGGAUUCUCUCUGACAACAUGGCAAGCAAUGAAGGAUAACAGAAAUAUUGGUUUCUCGUCGACAGUCAGGGCUUCUAGAAAUAGAACGGUAUAUUCUUAUAAUUCUAGAAUCCGUUAUAAUAGAAGGGGAUGUUGUUAUAAUUCUAGAAUCCGUUAUACUAGAAGUGCAUAUUGUCGUCUGUGUGGUACAGAUACAUCCCCUGAUGACAAAAAAGUUGUAUUUACUUAUGAGCCUGGUAUAACGAUUACAAGCAAAGGUUUAAAGAGGGAUCUGGCGAAGAUUCUAACUGUCUUGACCUUGAUUGACUUCUCAUACAACAAUUUCAGUGGAUCAAUUCCCAAGGAAAUGGGAGCUUUGAAAUCUUUAUAUUUUCUCAACUUGUCGAGCAACGCUUUCGCAGGUGAAAUCCCAUCAUCAUUUGGUAACAUGCGGCAACUCGAGUCCUUGGACCUGUCACAGAACAAGUUGAGAGGGCAAAUCCCAGAACAGCUGGCAAAGCUUAAUUUCCUUGCAGUCCUGAAUCUCUCGAAUAAUCAACUUGUCGGCAAGAUCCCAACUGGUACUCAAAUUUCAACAUUUCCAAAGACUCAUUUACAGGGAACAAAGGAUUAUGGGGGCCUCCACUGACGAUGGAUAAUAAAGCAAGGCUGUCACCACCACCAACAUUAAAUGGAAGCCAUCCAAAUUCUACAGAUGAGAUUGAUUGGGAUCUUAUUAGUGUCGAAAUUGGAUUUGUAUUUGGCUUUGCAGUUGCUGUUGGGUCACUUGUGUUCUUCAAGAGAUGGAGUAAAUGGUAUUACAGGUCUAUGUAUAAAAUCCUUGUGAGGAUAUUCCCUCAGCUUGAAGAAAGAAUUGGUCCUCAUCGAAGACAUGUUCACAUAAAUCAGAGGUGGAGAUGUUGAAAUGUUUAUAAGGAGCAAGCAGCUGGACUCCAUGUUGUGCCUAGGGUUUUGCACCCUCGUUUCUACCCUGUCUAGUUUGCUUUCUUUGGAUAUCGAAAUCAGUCGAGAUCAAGAGGCAACAAGGAAAUGGAUACACAUAUGAAAUCAGUAUUGAAUCAAACAAUUUUAAUUAUUUAUGCUUCUUUUGUUUGUUCUCCCUUGUUUUGGCUUUGGUUUGUGAGAAAAUUAGCUCUUUUCUUUUGUGUGUUUGUACACAAUCUUUGAUUUUAAAUGUUUGCUCUGUUUUUCGUGCACUGGUCAAGUUCUGUUUGUAUAUUAUCGCUCAAUUUGCUUUGAUUGAGAAAGAUAUGGAAAGACAACUCCUCCACA